UUGAUGAAUCAACCCGCUCAGACUGGAGCUAGCGGUCCUCGUUCGCGCUUCAGAUACAUUUCACCCGGCUGGUCGAGCUCAUGCUCUGUGAGAGGAUAGAUUUUAUUUGUUUAAAUUCAGUGCCAUUGCAGUUGCAUUUUUGGAGUGUCUGUGUGGAUCAAAAAAGAACCCGUGUCCUUAUUUGGAAUUUCGUCAAAACCUGAAAAGAGACAGCGCAUCAAAAACAAGAAAAAAAAGAUUAUCUUUAAUUCUUUAUUCAGAGAUGGUGAAGAAAAGUAGCGGAUCCGUUUCAGAAGGAGAUCACCAGCAAAGGAAUAACAUGGAUCGAGGUAGAAGUAAUACGGCGUUCGAGCAGGAAGAGGAUGACGGCCGUCUUUCUUCCAGUACACCUGUGCGGAAUCCGCCGAAAGCUCGACAACGCCAGCAAGUCCGCGAUCCAUCGGCUAAUGAAUUCAACAACGCCGCUUUCGAACAGGAUGACGACCAACAAUCCAUCACUCCGCCGCCACCUUAUCCGAGCGAGCCGAUCACCGCCGAUGGACAGGUGUCGCCAAUGGCGAUGGAGGAUGCCAAGACCACCGAAAGAGAAACGUGGGGCAGUCCGCUGGAAUUCUUGCUGUCAUGCAUCGCCAUGUCCGUCGGCUUAGGCAAUGUUUGGCGUUUCCCUUACACGGCGUACAAGAAUGGCGGCGGUGCGUUCCUCAUCCCUUACAUCAUUGUGCUGCUCUUCAUUGGCAAGCCAUUGUAUUUUCUGGAAAUGGCCAUGGGUCAAUUCUCCAGUUAUGGAUCUGUCAAGGUCUGGGAGAUUGUGCCCAUUCUAAAAGGUGUCGGGUACGGUCAAGCGUUAGCGACGUGGUUCGUCGUGACCUACUACUGCGUCCUUAUCGCCAUCACGCUCUUUUACUUUUUUUCGUCCUUCCAAACGAUUUUGCCUUGGAUGGUCUGCGACCUGAGUUGGCUCUCAGCCGACAACUGCUACAACAGCAGCGCAGACACCAAUCUGACCAGCUUUAACAUUUCGGGACUCAAAUCCUCGUCAGACAUUUUCUUCAGGGAAGAGGUAAUGAAGAAGAUCGAUUCAAUCGACGAUGGAAUUGGUUUACCCGACUGGAAACUGUCAUUGUGCCUACUUCUGGCUUGGAUUAUUAUCUGUGCUAUCCUCAUGAAAGGGGUGGCAUCGUCGGGAAAGGUCGCUUAUUUCACCGCUCUAUUCCCCUACGUUGUGCUGAUUACUUUGCUGGUGCGCGGAGUGACGCUGGAAGGCGCUUCUGAUGGCAUCCUCUACUUUAUCCGUCCCGACUGGCCGAAACUGCUCGACGCCAGUACCUGGUAUGCGGCUGUGACGCAGUGCUUCUUUUCCCUGUCGGUGGGCUUUGGACCCAUCGUCAUGUUCUCCAGCUACAACCCAUUCCGGCACAAUAUUUACAGGGACGCUGUUAUCAUCAGCUUAAUGGAUACCUUCACUAGUUUCCUUGCCGGCAUAACCAUUUUCUCCAUUCUGGGUAAUCUGGCUCACGAAUCCGGGAAAAACGUGACAGACGUCGUCUCGGCUGGAACCGGCUUGGCAUUCGUCAGCUAUCCCGAUGCAAUCGCUAAAUUCCAAUACGUCCCUCAAUUCUUUGCCGUCAUGUUCUUCCUGAUGUUGCUCACGCUGGGGAUCGGAAGUGCCGUGUCGCUGACCGGAUGCGUCGUCACCAUCAUCUGCGAUGAUUUUCCGCACUGGAAGCGGUGGCUGGUCGUCACUGGAAUUUGUCUCAUCGGAUUCAUUUCUGGAUUAGUUUACGUCACUCCCGGUGGACUGAUCGUGCUGGACAUUGUCGAUUACUUUGGUGGCGGUUUCAUCAUUUUCCUGAUGGCCACUAUCGAAACAAUUGGCAUCUGCUGGAUUUACGGACUCAACCGGUUCGUCCGCGAUAUUGAAUUCAUGCUCGGCAUCAAGCUGAGCGCUUACUGGAAAAUCACGUGGGCUUACAUUAUUCCGGCUGUCUUGGUCUUCAUCUUCUGCUACGCCAUGGGCACCUACACUCCAUUGAAAGAUGGCGACUAUGUCUAUCCCGCGGCAGCUACCGGUGCUGGAUGGUUUCUAGCGGCUAUAGCAGUCCUUCAAGUCCCUCUGUGGGCCGCAAUCGCGAUUUACCGCCAGGAGAAUUGCAGCAAUCUCUUCGAGCGCAUUAUGAGCAGUAUCAAGCAGACGGACCACUGGGGCCCCAAGAAUCCGGCCCAUCGCCUAGAGUGGAAGAAAUUCCAAAUGGAAAAACCCCAUCACCACACCUCCUAUUCGGCUCGAUUGUGGAUCCCGAAAAUCCCGUCACGAAUGACCUACGACGUCUCCACUUGCAACAACAAUCCGCUACCGGCCAAGGAUGCCAGUCACCAGCGUACCAAAGUGACUUCAGCUCCCCAUUCGCGCUCAACGUUCGAGAACGAAAUCGCUGAUUAAUUAAUUAUAAAUCGAAAAUUAUAAUUUUCUAUAGCGAUGAUAUUCGAUUUUAUAUGCGAUUUUUGAAUUUCCUUCAUUGUUUUUAAUAUUUUUUUGCAAAGAAAAACUUUAAUUUUUUUUUAACGCGGACUAUUGUACAGUUAAUGUCCUUGAUCGUUCAAAUAUACAUCAGUGAUUA